AUGGAUUUACCUAGGGCUAUUAAAGCCCAAUUUUCCAUGGGCGUAUACCAUAGGCUCAAGAUUUACCGACAUGGCGGAGCUGAUGUGAAUAUGUUAAAUAUGUUGACUAGAGGAAACAUGACUGAUGCGCCAAGGAAUGAUCCAAUUUGUAUAAAUACUCCGCACCAAAAUAGUCUGCUCUCGCUCCGUUUUCCUUGGUUCAGUAACGACGCAAACACUACACGAAGAUACGAAUGCAGACCUGCGGCCGUUAGAGCACUAACAAUCUGA